AUGCCUCAGUACCGCGACAGUUGCCCAGUGGCCGUGCAGUGCUGUGACGUCAGAAAGCACUACGGAAGUGGUCGUUCCAAGCAGGAUGUGCUGUGUGGACUGGAUAUGAACGUGCCUUAUGGGGCCAUUUAUGGUCUGCUGGGCGCUAGUGGCUGUGGAAAAACCACCCUGCUGAAGUGUAUUGUGGGCCGGACUAAUGUACACGGCGGUUAUGUCUCCACACUUGGACGGACGCCUGGGACUUCCGGUCAUCUGGUGCCGGGGAGGAUGGUCGGGUACAUGCCUCAGGAAACAGCUCUCUUUGUGCGCUUCACCAUCGGAGAGACCUUGACCUUCUUCGGCCGUCUUCACGGCAUGAGCAGCGAUGCUAUACGGGAACGUACAGACUUUCUCCUGUCAUUCCUCACGCUUCCGGAGAAGUCGAGACUGAUUGGCCAACUCAGUGGAGGACAACAGAGGCGGGUGUCUCUUGCUGCGGCGCUGCUACAGGAGCCGGAACUACUUAUCCUGGACGAGCCAACCGUCGGCGUGGAUCCGGUGCUCAGAGAGAAGAUUUGGGAACACCUGUUGGACAUCGCCAAAAGUAGUUUGAAGACCACCAUCAUCAUCACUACACACUACAUCGAGGAGGCGGCAUUGGCUGACAGAGUCGGACUGAUGAGAGGUGGCCGUUUGCUGGCGGAAGACAAACCCAGCACACUCAUGUCAACCUACAAGUUACAGAACCUAGAAGCCGUGUUUCUCCACCUGUGUCACCGCGAUAGACUGCCAAACGAGGACGACGAGGAACUCUUACCCUCCAUAUCUCUGCCGUCCGCUUCCGAUCAAGAAUCGGUGAAAGUACAAUACAAACGACCUGACUCAGACUCCACGGGAGACUCGGUGCUGCUUCUGGGAGGGAACAAAAGCACGACCUAUGGCAGUUUGAAGACGCCCCGUGAUCUGACUCGAGGGGGCUGCGAGGGCCGUAUACAUUUACCAAUAAAAACCUCAUACACAUACUCAGGCUACGAAGAUUGUGUCGUUCCAGGUUCGCCAUUGUCCAAGAGUAGACGGUUCCGGAAAAUGGCCAUGCUGCCUAGAGCUAGGAACCUGUACGCUCUGUGUGUCAAGAAUCUCACGUCAAUGAAAAGAAAUAUACCAAUUCUCCUGUUUGAGUUCAUGGUACCGGUGAUACAGAUUGUGCUCUUCUGUGUGUGUAUUGGGCGUGAACCCCGCCAAAUUCCCGUCAGCAUCGUAAACCAAGACGUUGACGAUUUGGGCGGUUUAUUCAUCGGAUUUCUUAACAAUGAAACAAUGAACAAGGUAGCUGAGCCUGUUUACGGCACUUUCGAGCCAAGCUUUACUGACUUCAUGGCAUCGGGCCUCAUUGUGAGCGCCACCUUUUUCCUUGCGACAGGCCUAACAACACUGUCGUUUGUACUUGAGAGAAAGGAAGGGCUUCUUGAGAGAAUGUAUGUUGCAGGUGUGUCCGCCUUGGAGAUCAUGAUGUCACACGUGCUGACCCAGCUCACUGUCAUGUUAGGACAGAUCUUGCUCAUGUUGGGCAUUGCUCUUCUGGGAUUCCAGGUGGGCAUGGUCAUUUCUGCAUGCUGUCGUUCUGAGAUGGCGUCUAUCCAGGGAACUCUGGGAACCAUGUACCCUGCUCUGCUGACUAGUGACAUUGUAUUUCUUUUUGUGUAUUUGAUAUCAUCAUUCAAGACAUUAUUUUUCUUUGUCUAUUUUAUGUCCUCUAUUCAGAUUUUGUUUUUUCUAUCUUAUAUCAUCCCAGGCAUUAUCUGGCCCAUCGAGGCGAUGCCCAACUGGAUGAUGAAGAUCAGCUACUUCCUCCCCAUGACGUACCCGACAUACGCCGUGCGAUCCAUCAUGGGCCGAGGCUGGUCUAUUCAGGACUCCCUCGUCUGGAUGAGCUACCUCAUCAGUAUAGCCUGGAUCGUCAUCCACUCAGUGGUAGCCGGCGUCCUAAUCCACUUCCAGUCCGACUGAAUGAAUAUUGUCGUGUUUGUUUGAUUUCGUUCUAUUUUGCAAGUGCUGAGAAGCUCUAAUUGGAAUUCUUGUUAAAACUCCUGCUAAGAAACUCUUACUAAAACUCUUCUUAAAACUAUAGUGCGGUCAUAAAUUCGCUGCGCAACUUAUACUAUUUACUUAAUACAUAACAAUAUCUUUUUAACGGAUGAAUCAAUGUCACCCUAACUUUGC